CUCCACCCGUUCCAUUGCAGAUGUCCAGUGUCGAUCUACGCCGGGGGACGGUCAGAUGGAGCAGUCACCAGCGGAGUGCCGCCCAGUUCGCUACCUCCCUUACCCUGCUGUUGGGCAGUUUGCUCUCGUCCGCGUACAGCAGUCCCGUGUUCCCGUUCACGUCAUUUCAAGCUAGCAGAAACCUUCGGCAUCUUCCCUGCGUGGUACGAAACACUGGCGAGGAAGGAAUUUGCAUGUUCGCUAUCGAUUGCUUUAAGGCCAAUGGCACACAUUUGGGCGUGUGUAUAGACAAAAUUUUCUUCGGAUCUUGCUGUCAGGUCAAUGACGAUCGGUUACUGUUUGAUCCGGAUAUUACGGAUAACAGCAUCGAUCACAACUCGGUCGGUAACUUCCAGCACUUUCCACCAUCGGUGAAUACGCACCGAAAGCCACCGCUCACGGAAACUCGCCUGCCAACAACGGCACCUGGCAAUGGGACGAAGUACGAGCUGCUCAGCACAUCCACGACCACGCGACGCACGACCUCCAAGAACAAUCGACGAACGACAUCUACCACCGUACGGACGACGAAAGCUCCCCAGAAGGUUCAACAGAAGGAUGACCUGCAGACGACGACUGAGUACCAGGAGUUCACAACGUUCCAGUACGUGCAGAGCAGUAAAAACCCUGCCGGAAGUUCAUCGCCAACAUCGAACAAACGGCCUUCAGCACGCCCCAGUCCCAGUUUGGCAACGCAGGAUAAUCGUGUUUCUACGACCCGAACAACCACUUACAAACCUUACAAAACACGUCGUCCUACGACUAACAAAACCUCAACGGUACGUCCACCUAACAGACGACCUGCGCAACCACUAACGACUACGACCGAAGCGCUAACGACGACUCCACCAUCUACGACUAGGAAAGUCUCUGGACAGAACACGAGACAUCCAACGACUUCGUCAACGAUUGCAUCUCGCAAGCCAGCGCCCAGUUCGAUUACCGCUUCCCAGACACAGACGACCAUUGCGUCGAGACGACCAGCAACGACACAGUCCACUCCGAAACCCGAAUCAACGACUCCCUCUGUCACGUAUUCCCGACGACCAACAACGUCUCCUUCGCUGGUACCUUUAACCAAACCGACCACGAACCGAAGACGACCUACAACUACUACCACGACGACUACCAAAACGACUGUACCGGCCACGACAAGCUCGGAAACGACGCGAGCGCCUCGUCCGCGUCCCAAACCAACAUCCCAAGUCGCCACUGUGCCGGCCACAUCGCUAGACCAUCUAGUUGAGACGCAUUUUUCGAGCUCGGAAGCUACAUCGAGUAGUGCUGUUCCCUCAAGCAGUACCAGUAAACCAACCUAUCCUUCGACCACGGUUAAAGUAACACAACCAACCACACCGACACCAACUCCAACACCGGCCUCUUCCACUACAAGAUCCACCCAAUCCGAACCAUCAGUGCAAUCGUCCACUAUAAAGGUUCCGGAGGCUCCGAUCAAUCUUGGAGAUUCUGAGGAUCUCGCCUCCCUUUCCCGACCUGGGCUGGUAACAUGGACUAGCAUCCUGGAAGACACACCGACCGAGCGUCCUAGCUCGAAUCAAGGACCGACCACUUCCAACAGCUGGAUACUCAUACAGACACUAACCCCGGAAGAGGUCGUUGCUAGUAAUCAAACUAACCAGCAUGAACCAUCAUCCUCCACUCACACACCGCCCGCAUCGGUCGAGGUGUCCUUCGCGCAGGACACUAAGCUACCGAUCGAGUCGCUUCUACCGGAGGCGGCCUACGUGUACAACACGGUCCCGGAGGAGGAACCCGCCCCAAACAUUCUCCUGCUGCCGGACGAUCUUUCGGUACAUUCGCAAGUAACGUCCACCUCUCGCUCACCCGAUCAAUCGUUGGAAGCGCAGUCGAAGACCACGGAGAGUUCGGUUGCAAGCAGCAGUACGACCGAACAGGUCAAAUCGAGUACUCUCCCACCGUACGAGCGAACGAGCACCACGGUGCGUCACUCAUCGAUCGUUCCACCGACAACCACUGACAGUACGACGAUCGUAACCAGACAUGGACCAGUGUCGUCCACCACCGCCCAGUCACAGAUCACUCAAUCACCCGCCAAACCCAGUAGCGAGGCGGUAGAAGCGAUUAACGAAUCGGUUGAGACGACAUUGUCCACGACGAUCGUAUCCUCCUCGCCGAGAACGACCGAGAUUCCUGUCGCCGCUGUUACUUCGACUCAUUUUACAUCCUCCACCGCACCGACCUUAACGACCAGUGAUAUGUUUACGAGCGUAUCCGAACAGACAUCAUCAGCGUCUAGCGAGGAAUCUGGCACAUCCUCCACGACGGACGCUUGGCCGUCUUCGAAACGACCGCCGGCCGUCGACGUGUCGUCCACCACGGAAACCAUGCUCGUGCUCCGUGAGACGACGACUGCCGCUGAGGAGUCGAUCGAGAGCGCCACCGAAGGCAGCGGCGAGGAAGAAUCCGGUAGCGGCAGCGAAGAAGGCUCCAGCGAGGAAGAAGAAGAGGAAGAAGGAGAGGAAGGAGAGGAAGGUACGGAUGAAAGUGAAGAAACGACUGAUGCAACGACGGCCUCGAUCGAGAACGCUACCGACGCUACCCAGCACAAGCAAACGAACGAAAGCACCACCCCGGUGACAUCUUCCUCCACGGCAAGCUCCACCUCGGCAGCUCCCAGCAGUAGCAGCAGCAGCAGCAGCCCGAGCACAGUGUCCUCGACCUCGCUCGAGCCCAGCACGAUGACAGCCUCAACCUUGUCACCGGUUUCGAUCUCCACCACGUCCACCUCGAGCUCAUCCCCAUCAACGCUGUCAACGUCCAACAACGUGACGACACCAACAUCAGCACCGGUGACAUCAGACCGUGGCCCAACAACGACCCAGGGCACGUCGACGACCGGCAUGCCCAUCAAGUUCCCCGAGCAGCCGGCCAGCAAUCAGACGGCGCUUCCGACAACGACCACCCUGGCGAUGCUUGCCAACGUCACCACGGACGGUGUUACGCUGGCGCCCGAUUUCCUGACCACCUCAACACUGCCGACGCUCGAGGGGAUCGAUUACCGAUCGGUGUGCGGCAAAAGGAUGUUCCCCGAGCCGCGUAUCGUCGGCGGCACGAAGGCAGCGUUCGGCCGGUGGCCCUGGCAAAUAUCGCUGCGUCAGUGGCGAACGUCCACCUACCUGCACAAGUGCGGUGCGGCACUGCUGAACGAAAACUGGGCCAUCACCGCGGCGCAUUGUGUUGACAAUGUUCCGCCGUCGGAUCUGUUGCUGCGGUUAGGCGAGUACGAUCUGGCAUUGGAGGAGGAACCGUACGGCUACCAGGAACGCCGCGUCCAGAUUGUGGCCUCGCAUCCACAGUUCGAUCCGCGAACGUUCGAGUAUGAUCUGGCACUUUUGAGAUUCUACGAGCCAGUUGUCUUCCAGCCCAACAUUAUACCCGUUUGUGUGCCGGAAAAUGAUGAGAACUUCAUCGGCAGAACAGCAUUCGUUACCGGGUGGGGUCGUCUGUAUGAAGAUGGACCACUGCCAAGCGUGCUGCAGGAGGUGACCGUGCCGGUGAUCGAGAAUAAGAUCUGCGAGACGAUGUACAGGAGUGCCGGUUACAUCGAGCACAUUCCGCACAUCUUCAUCUGCGCUGGCUGGAAGAAGGGUGGCUAUGACUCCUGUGAAGGUGAUUCCGGUGGUCCGAUGGUAAUUCAACGUACGGACAAGCGAUUCCUGCUCGCAGGCGUCAUCUCCUGGGGCAUUGGCUGUGCCGAGCCAAACCAGCCCGGUGUUUACACCAGGAUAUCGGAGUUCCGGGAUUGGAUCAAUCAGAUACUACAGUUCUGAAGCAACUCCAACUCCGCGCACAGGAGCACUGAAAAGAGAAACACACGCAGUAACCUCGCUGCUCUCGUUGAUGUAUAGAUCCUUGGAACAAUGUUGCUCCAAGCGAGGGGAGGGCCAAUGGAACCCUUGGGGGAAACAGCAUCCCGAUCGACUUUGUCCGUCUCCCCACUUCCCCAGCAGUGGGCGUGUAGUUGUUGAUGUUUGAUACUACGUUUACUCAUUAGCGUACAGUUUUUUUUCUUUUAUAAGCCGGCCUAUUUUGAUGAUUAAUCUGCCAGCUAAAUCUGGCCGAUUGAUCAUCGAUACAGC